AUGGAUGAUACAGAAUCCAGUAUAAAGAUAAAUGCAAAAUUUAAAUCAAUAGUUGAUUUUAAUUUAGCAUUAGCAAUUUAUGAAAAACAAUAUUUCACGAAUAUUGUUAUUCACAAAUCUGAUAUACUUAAACCACCUAACACUAAGGAGGAUAUUAUACAAUUUAAGUACAAAAGGGCUACUUUUAUUUGCAAAUAUGGCCUUCAAAAAGUAUCCAGAUCCAGAGGUAUUAGAAAAACCUCAAGCCUACGUAAAAAUUGUAUCUUCAAAUUAGUGGUACACCUUGUAAAAUAUACUUCAGGACACUAUCUAGUUAUCCAUAAAUUGGAUGAUAUUCAUACAAAUCAUGAGCUAGAUGAAAAGCUUUUUAAGCUUCUACCUAAACAAAGACAAUUGUCACCUUCAAAGAGACAAUUUGUUGAACAAUCUCUUUCUAUAAAAGGAAAUAAAGUGAAAAUACAGGAAGUCAUAUUAAAAACAGGAAAAAUGAUAACCUUAAAGGAUAUCCACAAUAUUGGGAGCAACCUCAAUAAACCUUCAAAUAAUAUACUUUUUAAUGUUUAUCAACAAUUAAAGGAAGAUAAUGGAGCUAUCGUUGAAAUAAUAGAGGAAAAUAAUCAAUUGAUGGGAAUAUUUUACCAAGAUUCUAAUAUGUCCCAUAAUCUAAAAUUCUAUCCAGAGGUCCUUUUUAUUGAUGCAACAUAUAAACUCAAUAAUAUAGGAAUGCCACUCUUUAUCCUACUUGUAAUAGACAGCCAUGGGCAAUCCCAAAUAGCAGCUCUGUGGCUUGUUAAAGGUGAAACUUAUUGUUGUGUAAAAGGCUGCUGUGAUAUCCUGAAAAAACAUAAUGAUAUUAAUAAAAUUAAGGUUAUUAUAGGUGAUAAGGACCUAGCUGAUAGACAGGCCUUAUUUGAAAGCUUUCCUAAUGCCAAUAUACAGAUAUGUAUAUUUCAUGUUAUGUGCAGCUUUAGGAGUGAAAUAACAACCCUCAAAAGAAACAUAACAGGAGAGGAUGUUGUUACUGUUUUAACUACUUUGCAAAAAUUGGUAUAUGCACGAUCAGAGUCAGAAUAUAAUAUGUUAUUCUGUACUUACAAAUUUGAAUUUGCCACAGGUGCAAAAAUAUUUAGAUACCAAUUGGCAUAAUAUAAGAACAAAAUGGGUUUUGGGAUUCCGUUCAUCAGUACCACAUUUUUACAAUGCUACAAAUAAUAGAUGUGAGUCUAUGAAUCAAAAAUUCAAAAAAGUUAUCACAAAAUUUUCAAUCUUGAACAGUUUUUUCAAAGAUAUAUCAGCCAUUGUAAAUUCUAUGGCCUUUGAAAAAAAUUAUAAAACAAUAAUGAAUAAUAGUAAACAAUCUUUAUUUCCAUAUAAUGCUUUAUCUCCUGAGAGCAAAUACAGGGAUUUAUUAACAACUUAUGCUUUCAAGGGAAUUAUUGAGGAAAUUCUUGAAAUCUAAUAAGCUUAAAACAUGGUUUUAGAAAAUUAAAUGUCAUUCCUUUGAUUCCUUUGGCUAGAACAAUGACAAAUUCUUUACAAAAAUUGGAAAUAAGAUUAGAUUUUGUAGCUUGAACGUUGAUCAAAUGCAGUGAUAGAACGGUAAAUAUUAUUUUAUUUUAAUCAUUUAUUUACAGAUUCUAUGAACAUUAUAUCACAAUAUUGAUAGCAAUUAUAACUUACACUAAAGAAAUUAAGCUUAAAAUCAGCCAUCACCCACCUUUAAAGUAAUUAAAUUAUACUGUAGUUCUCGGGUAUAGGCUUUUUCUUUGUCCCACUCCUUUUAAAUUAAAGCCUAUAGAGGUUUAAGCAACAUUUUUCGAAAUGUUGUGCCUACAAGUACGUGCGGCUUGCCCACAAACGUGUGGAGGGCUCCUCAUAUUUUUACUUUUAUACCCAAAUUAAAUUGUUCCAAUUAGAUGGAAAUGAGGAAAACCUAGCGUAGCUCUGUUGUGUAUUCAACGUUAGAGGGCGAUGCGCUAUAUAUCACGUGAAUUAACAAGCACGCCAAAAUACGUCAUAUAUUUAUUUUUAUGUAAAUAAAUAAAUAAAAUUACGAAAGCUCUCGUUUAUAAAUGUUCGUUUUAUAAUUAUUUUAUUUGAAAAACUAAAUUAUUUAAACAUUCAAUAUGGACAUUCAAUUUAUAUUAUAAAAGUUAUUCCUUUUACAGACCCUAUUCCUUUUACAGUACCUGUUCAUUUUACAGUACCUUGAUAGCCAAGUUAUUCCUUUUACAGUAUCUAUUCCUUUUACAGUAACUGUUCAUUCUACAGCACCUAUUCCUUUUACAGUACCUGUUCAUUUUACAGUACCUUGAUAGCCAAAUUCUUAUGGAUGAAUAUCAAAGCAAUUAUGAUUUAGAUGAAGAAAUAACUUUUACAAGUCAAAAAAAAAUAGAAGCUUCUAUUUAGCAAGCGACAAUAAAGACAAGAAGUAUACACAGAAAUAAACUAUUGACAGGAUUAAUAAAUUGUUAUAAAGUAUUCUCUUUUUGCCAAAGAAUCUGAUUUAUAUUAAAUACACAAAGG